AUGUGUUUGCUCGCGACCAAGUACGUACUUGGUUCCAGAGAAUGGGAGUCGAGCACGAACAUUUUGGUCCAACGCAUUUUUUCCGGUGCACCCGACGAGUGGUUCGACAAACGAGGCAUGAUGGAUCUCUGGGCUGUCCCCACCUACUAUCUUGUCGGGUUCUGGAUUCAUGUUAUAAUAAUCACGCGAAGGCAGAGAGAAAAUCCCGACUCAACUGUGACCAACUACUCGGGUUUUGAUGAGGAACCUGCGGACCACACGGUGAAGGAGAAAAUUAUGGCGGGGAGUGGAUCAACUGACGAGGAGAUUCCUUGGAUUACUGUUGUGGACCCUUUUUUCCGAAAGAGUUGA